UAGAGCCAUCCUCCGCUCUUCACUUCUCACUUUCAAUAGAUUCUGUAAACUUGAGGAGAAAACUCUUCAUUUUGUUGUUUUCUUGCCUUUAGUUCUGCUUGAAUUGCUUCUUCAUGGCUUUUCCACCCAAAGCCCUUUGUCUGGUCCUGGUUGCAGUCGUUUGCAUCCAGCUCAGUAAUGCUACGGUGAUACCAGUUAGGUGUGAAUGCCUGAGAACCUCCACCAGACCGUAUUCUUGGAGGAUAAUUAAAGAGUUCUCCAUCACUCCACCACACAGUCACUGCAAAGACACUGAGAUCAUACUCACUCUGCACAGUGUCAAUCCAAACACGGGAAAGAACGAUCAGCGCUGUCUAAGCCCAGACUUGCACCAGGCUAAGAAACUUGAGACGUGCUGGAACAGGAAAAAUAAAGAUGACAAGAAAGUGCUCCAGAUUUCUGAAUGCCUACCGAGAAAGUGAAAGCACACACUCAGAAGAUCAAGACACAUGGAAAGGAGAGUGAGCACAGUGGUAAAACUCCAGACAGUGUGGAGUGCGGGAAUUCCUGUAGCCAUGUGACCAAUGAGAAUCCAAUGGGAUUGAGGGACUGAUGUUAUUUGAGACUCUGACUCCUCCUGGAGUUGGGAAAUCACAACUGAUCAGAUGAACCUUGUAACCAUGUAAGAUCCAGAAACUGUCACAAGCAGAUGUUUUCCAGCAAGAUGUAAUGCUCCUUGGAGAACUGUAAGAAUGAAAGCUGCAGUGUUACCAAUGUCAUGCACAAAACACUAUUUGCAAUUUUUCUAUUUUAACAGCCAGUAUUUAAAACACUUUAUUUUAAAUCUUAUUUAUUUGUUGAAGGAUUUAACGUUUUGUAAUGAAUAAAUGUUUCCAUUAUGUCCCAACGUU